AUGAGCCAGAAAUACAACAGGCGGGUGGGGGACUACGAGCCCUACCCCGACGACGGCUUCGGGUAUGGUGACUAUCCCAAGCUCCCUGAUAAGUCUCUCCAUGAGAGAGACCCCUGGUACCAGUGGGACCAGCAGGAUUUGCGGCAUAACUGGGGGCAGCCGAUGCACUGGGACUUCGACAUGUAUAUCCGGAACCGCGUCGAUACGUCCCCCACUCCAGUUCCCUGGCACACCAUGCGCAAUCACUUCCUUAUCUUUUUGAGUACCAUGCUGAUCAUGUUUGCUCUUGGAGAGAUCUAUCCAUCUUACAGGCCUGUGGGACCGAAGCAAUAUCCCUUCAAUGACCUGUAUUUGGAGAGAGGAGGAGACCCCAGUAAAGAGCCACCAGUGGUGACACACUAUGAAAUCUGAACAUUGCUACGUUCCUCCUGUGUCAGCUCUGCUGGGGAUGGCAUCUUCUCUAGUCUUUAAUGUGGUAGAUGUUAACGCUUGUUCUUCAAUGUUCAACCACUACCUGCAGUGAAAUACAUCAAUGAUACUUA